ACCGGACACCGACUCCACACGCCAUUACGGCAGGGACCGGCGCCGGGACCAUGGCAGGCACUGGAGCAGGGGCAUCGCGGCCCCUCCCCGGCCGGCCCCGCUCGGGGCGGGGUCUCCCAACUUUCGGCUGCGGCCGCGGGGUCCGGCCCGCCGGCGGCAUGAGCCCUGCGGCGGGGCCUGGGCAGGGCGAGCCCCCACCGCCAUGCCCAAGGAACGGCCGCUGUGGCGAGGCUCGGCCUUUCGCCUCUGCCUGCUCUCUGCCGCGCUGUUCCUCUCCCUCCAGCUGGGCAUGAGGCGAUCCUGGUGCACGGAGGAGAAGCCCCAGCCGGCAGCAGCAGCGGCGGGGCGGGCGCCUCCUCCAGCCCGCGGCACGGAGAAGCACCCGGCGGCGGGCAGGCGACGGGUCACCUACGUGCGGAGCGGGCGGCGGGGGAGCGCCGAGCCCGGCUGCUGCCCGCUGCAGCCCCCGGGUGGCCGCCGCAGGAAGACUGUAAAAUGGCACAUAGAGCUACAACCAUGGGCAAGUCCAACUACUUCCCUCGACAAUGAGGCCUUGAGGUUCCUGAAAUACAUUAGCACUUCUCAGAUUUCAUGUGAGCACAUGAACCUGAACAGCCUGAGAGGGCAUUCUGAAACUGCAAAGAAGCCCUGGUCUGUAUGUCUUGACGAGAGGUUUAGCCUCAUUCAUCGAAUCAGAAGCAAGCAGUGCCGUCUCUAUUCUCUUGGGCUAGGCAACGAUGACAACCAGUUUGAGACAAGCAUGGCCAACAGUGGAUGCGAGGUGCAUCGCUUUGACCCCAGCAUCAAGUCAGCACACAUUCAGGAGGGUCGGCACCUCUGGUAUCAUCGCCUGUCCAUUGACUGGAGGGAUCCCAAUCCAGCCAUUGCUGCUCAUAAACUUCACAGCAACACGAAGAAGCUGGGCACAAUAUUGAAUGAAUUUGGACACCAGAAGAUUGAUGUCCUCAAGGCAGAUGUGGAGAGUGCAGAGUGGAAAAUCUUGGAAAACCUGAUCCUGGAAGAUGUUGUUGAGCAGAUAGGACAGCUGGUCUUCGAGGUGCACAUCCAUUGGCCUGGGUUUGAGGUCAGCGGCAAUGACAGCACUGUGGUGCGGUACUGGUACAGUCUGCUCCGGGAGCUGGAGCUGAAGGAUUUCAGGCUUUUCCAUACCUACAAAGACUUAUCAAAACCACAGAUGUUUCUGAAAAAGGAAGCCUUCAAUGCCAGUAGCUGUUACACACUGAGCUGGGUAAAUACAAGAUGGAAAUAGCAGAGAGGAAUUUAUGAUGUGCGACUGUGAGCCAUCUGGCCCCGUAGCGUUAUUGAAGAGGACUUUGGCAUCACUGGCUAAAGUUCCUAAGUAUGCACACAGUGACUGCUAACAAAAUGGACCAGGUUUCAUUUAUGUAUGUGGUUAAAAGAACCGGUGCUAGGAGGAGAUACUUGGUGCAGAUUUAUACAGCAAUGUAUUUGCCAGAGGGUACACUCUCGGAGGACAGAGGUUUCUGUAAAGGUCAAUCUGGGGGUGCUAACAGCAAGGCUUUCCCAGGCUGCCCUGCGCCUGAGUGUGCCAGCACAGAGGGCAUCCCUCUGGGUUUGCCCCAGGAAGCUGCUCACUGAGCUGUGCUGGUCUUCUGGCAGGGAAGUGCUCAUGAGGAGGUGCAUUUCUCAGGAAGGGUCAAGCUUUAAUUCUCUGUAAAGCCAUCAUCUUUGAUUUGCACCUUCUUUACUUUGGCCUUGUUUCCUAUGGAACAAAUUUUAGGGAAGAACGAACAGUAUGUUCUUGAACCCACUGGCAAAUUUCAGCUGAAUUUGGCAGAGGCAGGAAUUGCCUCCAAACUAAAUUCCUACCUGUUUUGUUGAGCCGCUUCCGAGAGCUCUGACUUGGGCUCUUUAAGGCAGUCUGGCUGCGGGAAGUGAGUUCAGUGCUUCUCACACAGGAGAUGGUGGGACAGUGAGACUCAGCCGCCAGAAAAGGUGGUACCAAAUGCUCCCACUCAGACUCUGGUGGCUUCAGCCACAGAAGACAUGACUUCCCUAGUUCAUCUGCUCAGAGAAUGUUCAUCUGGUCAGCCUGUUUUCAGUUACGCUUACAAUGGCCACAGCAAAUGGUUUGUCAUCUAGUAAGUUACUUGUUUAAAAGAGCUGAAAGUGAAA